AUGAACGAAUAGAUUAUUCAUUGUUUUACUUUUUUUAAGUUGAAAAUUUUAACUUUCACCUUUUAAAUUGAUUGUUGAUUUCUUUAAUUGAUUGAAAACUUUAAUUACAAUCAAUAUUUUCGGAUUGAUUUACAUGAUUAACGGUUUAUUAACUCGUUCAUUAGCUGUAGUUGUUACUGGUCGCUCAAUUACCCAAGUUUACUCAUCAUUUAGACUAAUCACCACAUCUUCUCUUGGAAAAAAGUGUUUGUUGGAAAAGCUAAAACCUUCAGUGUCACUCUGUUUUGAUCGCCAAAUCACCAUGUCAACUUUUCUCAAAGCCAAAAAACAUUAUGAACGAUUACCCAGAACUGUAAUUCCAACUCUUUACAAACUGGAACUACAACCAGAUCUGGAGAAAUUCGUCUUUUCCGGUAAAGUGGACAUCGAUGUAUCUGUUAAGGAAAGUACUAAUUCGAUUACCCUUAAUGUUUCUGAAAUUGAGAUUCAAAAGGCGACCUUUAAAUCUGGAUCACAAGAUUCAUCAAUGGGCCAGGUAACUCUCGAUCCGGUGAACGAAAAAGCCUUGAUUAAGUUUGGUGACAACCUUAAGACUGGAGAUGGUGUUUUAUCACUUUUAUUUACUGGUAUUUUGAACGAUAAAAUGAAAGGUUUUUACCGAACCAAAUACACGGCUCCUAAUGGCGAAGAAAGAUAUGCAGCAACUACUCAAUUUGAGGCUCCUGAUGCCCGACGUGCCUUCCCUUGUUGGGAUGAGCCUUCAUUUAAGGCGAAAUUUGAAGUUACCAUUAUUGCUCCGAAAGACCGAACAGUUUUAUCCAAUACUGAUCCAGUUAGUGAUAUUCCACACCCAGAGAAUCCAAAUCUACGAAUUGUUAAAUUCUCUCCAUCACCAAUUAUGUCAACUUAUCUUCUUGCUUUUAUUGUGGGUGAAUAUGAUUACUUGGAGACAAUAACCAAGCGUAAUACAAGAAUCCGAGUUUACACCCAGUUGGGUAAAAAGGACCAAGGGACAUUCGCACUCGAAGUAGCUUCAAAGUCAUUGACUCUAUUUGAAGAUUAUUUUGAUAUUCCUUUCCCGUUGAACAAGCUAGACCAUAUAGCUAUACCUGAUUUCGCAUCCGGUGCAAUGGAAAAUUGGGGAUUAAUAACAUAUAGAGAAGUAGCCGUUUUAACAGAUCCAUUGAACUCAUCAUCUGCUACCAGAGAAAGAAUUGCUAUAACAGUUGCUCAUGAAACUGCUCACCAAUGGUUCGGUAAUUUAGUGACAAUGGAAUGGUGGACUGACCUUUGGCUUAACGAGGGUUUUGCAAGUUUUACUGAAUAUCUUGCAGUUGAUAAAAUUUUCCCUCAUUUUGACAUUUGGUCUCAAUUUGUUGCCUUUGCAUCACUUCCCGCACUUGAUUUGGACUCACUCCGAAGUAGUCACCCUAUCGAAGUACCAGUUGACCAUCCGGAUGAUAUUGACUCAAUUUUCGACUUAAUUUCAUACGAAAAGGGUGCAUCAAUCAUUCGAAUGUGUCAUGAUUGGAUUGGAGAUGAUGCUUUUCGUAAAGGAUUACAUGAGUAUCUUAGUAAACAUGCUUAUGGAAAUGCUGUUACUCAAGAUUUAUGGGACUCAUUGGAAGCUGCAAGUAAUCAACCUGUUGGAAAGACGAUGCCCACAUGGACUAAACAACUCGGUUAUCCGGUGAUUAAAGUAGAAUCAAGACAAGAUGGAAACAAUCGUGUUCUUAAAUUAGAACAACAAAAAUUCUCUAUUGAUGGAGUAUUAACUGACGAAGAGAAACAAAUGAUGUGGAUGAUUCCAAUCUCCAUAAUCACUUCUAAAGAUCCAAACAAAGUCGCCUUAUCAACUCUUAUGACUGAAAGAACAACCGAAUUGAUUAUACCAAAUGUGUCUCCGAAUGAUUGGAUUAAACUCAAUCCAAAAGUUAUUGGCUUUUAUAGAGUAAAUUAUUCGACUGAAAUGUUGAACCAAUUUAAAUCAGCAAUUUCAUCGAAACAAUUAGUAGCUGUUGAUCGAUUACAGAUACUUAAUGAUUCAUGGGCUCUUGCUCUUUCCGGUAACAUCUCUACUCGAGUUGUCCUUUCGCUCCUUGAGUCUUAUUCUGAUGAAGACAAUUAUUCAACUUGGGUCGCUAUCGAUAAUUGUUUCGGUAAACUGGGCUCGCUCCUUUCUUAUACUGAUUUAACUGAUAAAUUCAACGCACUAGGAGUAAAACUUUAUUCAAAAAUAUUCGAUAAACUUGGAUUCGAAUCGAAAGACCCUAACGCUCAUACAGAGAAUCUCCUAAGAGCUUUGGUUCUUAAUCGAUUGGCCAAAUUUAAAUAUGAUCCAGUAAUCAAACAAUCACAUGUUCUAUUUAAAAGUCAUUUGGAAAGCAAACCAAUCAAUCCGGACUUGAGAAAUUGUGUGUAUCGAUCAGUGGCUUCGUCUUGUGAUGAUCAAACUUUCGACUCUUUCUUUAAGUUGUACCGACAAGCAGAACUCAACGAGGAAAAAGUCAGGCUAUUACAAGCGACCGGUGCCACUUCCGAUGUUGAAAGACUUCGAAAGGUCCUCCAAUUCUCCCUUUCGAGUGAAGUUAAAUACCAAGAUGGAUGGAUCGGUGUUAUAUCGACCGUGGGCUCAAAAAAUGGUCGUGAAGAAGCUUGGAAAUUUUUCAAAGAAAAUGCUGCUGAAUUCAAAGAACGUUAUGGAUCUCACCAUUCGAAUGCCCGUUUAAUUGCGUGCAUCAUUUCCGAUUUCGCCUCCGAUGAAAAAGCCAAAGAAGUGGAAGAAUUUUUCUCGCAAAACUCAUUCUCUGGCCACGAACAAGUUAUUCUUCGAGGUUUGGAAAAGAUCAAAUCAAACUCCGAAUGGUUGAAACGAGAACUCAAUGAUAUUAAAGAUUAUCUUGAUUCUAAAUCAAAUAUUUUGUUUCAAAGUGAAAGUGUCUCCGAUCUGAAGGAAAUGUCACCGCCGAUUUCAUCAGUUAAACCCAAACAUUACAAGAGGUUACCAAAAAAUGUGAUUCCCUCAUUGUACAAAUUGGAGGUGACACCGGAUUUAGAGAAAUUUGUCUUUUCCGGUAAAGUGGACAUCGAGGUAUUUGUACACGAAAGCACUGAUUUGAUUGUCGUCAAUGUCGCUGAAAUUGAGAUUCAAAGGGCAACCUUUAAAUCUGAAUCAGGGGUGACUCAUCAAGGACAAGUGACCAUUGACACGGUUGAGAAAAAGGCCAAUAUCAAAUUUGCCCAGAAACUUAAAACUGGAAAUGGUGUCUUAUCGUUUAUAUAUUCUGGGAUUCUCAAUGAUCAAAUGGUUGGUUUCUAUCGUAGCAAAUACAAGGGACCAAAUGGAGAGGAUCGAUAUGGUGCUCUUACCCAAUUUGCGGCCACUGAGACUCGUCGGGCUUUUCCAUGUUGGGAUGAGCCUUCAUUCAAGGCGAGAUUCGAGGUGACCAUUAUUGCUCCGAAAGACCGAACAGUUUUAUCCAACACUGAUCCAGUUAAUGAUAUUCCACACCCAGAGAAUCCAAAUCUUAAGAUUGUUAAAUUCGCUCCAUCACCAGUUAUGUCAUCUUAUCUCGUUGCUUUCGUAAUUGGUGACUAUGAGUAUGUGGAAACGACUACUAAACGUAACACACGAAUACGAGUAUACACACUGGGGAAAAAAGAUCAAGGGACAUUCGCACUGAAAGUGGCCUCUGAAUCUCUCACUCUUUAUGAAGAUUUUUUCGAUAUCCCGUUUCCCUUGGGUAAAUUGGAUCAUAUCGGAGUUGCUGAUUUCGCUUAUCAGGCCAUGGAAAAUUGGGGUGCGAUUAUGUAUCGAGAGAUGAGAAUCAUUACUGAUCCUUUAAAUACUUCAUCUUCUACCAAAGAAGGUAUCGCAUUAACAGUUUCUCAUGAAACUGCUCACCAAUGGUUCGGUAAUUUAGUAACAAUGGAAUGGUGGACUGACCUUUGGCUCAAUGAAGGAUUCGCCCGUUUCACUGAAUAUCUUGCAGUGGAUAAAAUUUUCCCUCAUUUUGACAUUUGGUCUCAAUUUGUUGCUUGCGUAUCACUUCCUACUCUUGAGACCGAUUCUCUUCGUAACAGUCAUCCCAUCGAGGUACCAGUUUAUCAUCCAGAUGAUAUUGACUCGAUUUUCGAUCAAAUUUCCUAUGGAAAGGGAGCAUCAGUAAUUCGCAUGUGUUACAAUUGGAUUGGAGAUAAGGCUUUUCGUAAAGGAUUACAUGAGUAUCUUGAUAAACAUGCUUAUGGAAAUGCUGUUACUCAAGAUCUAUGGGACUCAUUGGAAGCUGCAAGUAAUCAACCUGUUGGAAAGACGAUGCCCACAUGGACUAAACAACUCGGUUAUCCGGUGAUUAAAGUAGAAUCAAGACAAGAUGGAAACAAUCGUGUUCUUAAAUUAGAACAACAAAAAUUCUCUAUUGAUGGAGUAUUAACUGACGAAGAGAAACAAAUGAUGUGGAUGAUUCCAAUCUCCAUAAUCACUUCUAAAGAUCCAAACAAAGUCGCCUUAUCAACUCUUAUGACUGAAAGAACAACCGAAUUGAUUAUACCAAAUGUGUCUCCAAAUGAUUGGAUUAAACUCAAUCCAAAAGUGAUGGAUUUCUAUCGAGUAAAUUAUUCAACUGAAAUGUUGAACCAAUUUAAAUCAGCAAUUUCAGCGAAACAAUUAGUAGCUGUUGAUCGAUUACAGAUACUUAAUGAUUCAUUGGCUCUUGCACUUUCCGGUAAUAUCUCUACUCGAGUUGUCCUUUCACUCCUUGAGUCUUAUUCUGAUGAAGACAAUUAUUCAACUUGGGUCGCUAUCGAUAAUUGUUUCGGUAAACUGGGCUCGCUCCUUUCUUAUACUGAUUUAACUGAUAAAUUCAACGCACUAGGAGUAAAACUUUAUUCAAAAAUAUUCGAUAAACUUGGAUUCGAAUCGAAAGACCCUAACGCUCAUACAGAGAAUCUCCUAAGAGCUUUGGUUUUAAUCGUUUGGUCUCUUUCAGAUACGAACCAGUAAUUAAAGAAUCUUGGUCACGA